UAUGAUUCUUAAAGAGACUGUUUCCAAAGUUAAUAGGCCACCAAUUAUAAGAAACUACUUCUGUUCUCAUUAAGGAUACAGUUAAAGCAGGGCAAAUGAUUUAGAGUAUUUAGGUUAGUUGAGAAUAUUUUUUAAGGUUUGUUGCCUCAUUCUUAUGGAUGAGGUUAGAUAAAACUUAAACUAAAGUAGAGGGGUUAUAUAUAAUUGGAUAAAAGACAAUAAGAGAAACUCUGAUGUAUUUAUGAUAAGUGUUAAUUGUAAUUUAAUUUAAUUAUGGUCUACGUCAUUAGUUGAGGGUUAUUUUACUACAUUGUUAAUAUCUUUUGUGAUAAUGAACUUCUUAUAGUUAUUUGAAAAGGUUGCUGAAAGGGUUGAUGCAUAGAAUUGAAUAUAAUGAUAAUCUCCUUGAUUGGUAAAAGAUUAUUUGGAAGGAAGUAGAAAGUAAGAAAAACACAAAUAAAUAAGUUGAAUUUAACAUUUAACAUAACAAUUUAAACCCAUUGAAUUUGAAAAGGAAUAAGAUAGUCCUAAAUUACAUAUAAUGCCAUCCAGGGAUACUAAAAGGGUUCAUCAAAUUUUCCUAAAAGAAGCCCUAUGAUCACUUGUAAUUCCCAAAGCAAUGGAGUAUUAAUCAACGUAAUAAUAUAAAACUUUUUAAUUUAAUAAAAUGA